AUGGGACGCAGUAACACGGGGCAGAGUAACACGGAGCAGAGUAACACGGGGCGCAGUAACAUGGGACGCAGUAACACGGGGCAGAGUAACACGGAGCAGAGUAACACGGAGCAGAGUAACACGGGGCGCAGUAACAUGGGACGCAGUAACACGGGGCAGAGUAACACGGAGCAGAGUAACACGGAGCAGAGUAACACGGGGCGCAGUAACAUGGGACGCAGUAACACGGGGCAGAGUAACACGGAGCAGAGUAACACGGGGCGCAGUAACACGGGGCGCAGUAACACGGGGCAGAGUAACACGGAGCAGAGUAACACGGAGCAGAGUAACACGGGGCGCAGUAACAUGGGACGCAGUAACACGGGGCAGAGUAACACGGAGCAGAGUAACACGGAGCAGAGUAACACGGGGCGCAGUAACAUGGGACGCAGUAACACGGGGCAGAGUAACACGGGGCGCAGUAACACGGGGCACAGUAACACGGGGCAGAGUAACACGGAGCAGAGUAACACGGAGCAGAGGAACACGGGGCGCAGUAACACGGGGCAGAGUAACACGGGGCGCAGUAACACGGGGCGCAGUAACACGGGGCGCAGUAACAUGGGACACAGUAACACGGGGCAGAGUAACACGGGGCAGAGUAACACGGGGCGCAGUAACACGGGGCGCAGUAACACGGGGCAGAGUAACACGCGGCGCAGUAACAUGGGACGCAGUAACAUGGAGCAGAGUAACACGGGGCGCAGUAACAUGGGACGCAGUAACACGGGGCAGAGUAACACGGGGCGCAGUAACACGGGGCGCAAUAACACGGGGCAGAGUAACACGGGGCGCAGUAACAUGGGACGCAGUAACAUGGAGCAGAGUAACACGGAGCAGAGUAACACGGGGCGCAGUAACAUGGGACGCAGUAACACGGGGCAGAGUAACACGGGGCAGAGUAACACGGAGCAGAGUAACAUGGGUCAGAGUAACACAGGGCGCAGUAACACGGGGCAGAGUAACACGGAGCAGAGUAACACGGGUCAGAGUAACAUGGGGCGCAGUAACAUGGGACGCAGUAACACGGGGCGCAGUAACACGGGUCAGAGUAACAUGGGACGCAGUAACACGGGGCGCAGUAACACGGGUCAGAGUAACACGGGGCGCAGUGACACGGGGCGCAGUAACACGGGGCGCAGUAACACGGGGCGCAGUAACAUGGGACAGGGAUAUUGGGCACAGUGUAGGAACCCUCCACCUCACAGCGACCAAGACACUCUCAGUCCACCAUUAAUUACACAGGCUUUAAUGAACUUGCUGAUUUGA